GCCUCCACUGGGUUAUAGUAGAACGCUGCGCUUUACGAGGGUGUAAAACAAGCUUAUUUUGCCUUAUUCUCCGUCCUGUCUAUCUCGGCUUUCCUUCCAUUUCGUCCUCUUUUUUUUCUACCCUUCUCUUAACCCCGUAUUCUCCUUCUUUCGCCAGCUCUUGACGGGCUUAUUAUUUAUUUCUUAUUAUUACUUUCGUUAUAGGAUUGCUCUGGGCCAGGAUCUGCCCCCUUCGCAUAACAUCCUCUGUAAUAUAGUAAUACACUCCGGCUGUUAUAACCAUUCUUUAUUUGUUUGCUCCUACGGGAUCCCCGCCCCCGCCGAGCCAAGAUGUUGACCGUCCGCUCGCUGUCCCUCGUCUUCGUCCUCGGCGCCCUGUCCCUCGCCGCCGAGGGCCUCCCCCAGAACCGCGGCGGGAGGAACCGGCAAGGCGCCGCCGCGACCGCCUUCCAGCAAGCCCAGCAGGUCCCGCAGGGCAUCUCGACCGCCACCGACGGGAGCACCAUCCUAGAUACCAACGCCACCGUCAACGGCCUGCCGCUGCGCUUCAAGAUCUCGGCGCCGGCGGACCAGUUCGCGGCGGGGUCGGGGGUGCGCGGCGGGGCGCAGGCGGCGGGCGCGGCGGGCACGCUCGGGCUGAACGUGCUGCUGCACGGGGACGGGGGGCAGUCGUUCUUCGACUUCCCGAACCAGGGGGUGCGCGGGGGGCUAGCCGGCGUCGCCGUGCUCGCGCCGGACCGCAACCUGUUCUGGGGCGGGGGCCAGGGCCUGCGGCGCGACGACGGCGUCGCGCACGCGCGCGCCGUCGCCGACCUCGUCGCCGGCGUCCUCCCCCGCCUCCUCGCCUUCGACCCCGCCCGCGUCAGCUUCACCGGCGUCUCCGGCGGCGCCCUGCUCCUCAGCGGCUUCUUCCUGCCCGCCCACAUGGCCCAGUUCGUCACCGCCCCCGCCGCCGGCCAGACGUCCGCGCCGCAGUCCGCCGUCCUCCUCAACUGCGGCGCCCUCGCCCCCCAGGUCCCCGUCGACCCCGCCAGCGCCGCCGCCCUCGCCGCCACCCGCAUCCACUUCCAGAGCACGCAGCGCGAGCUCGCGCAGCUGCAGCCCGCGAUCCGCGCCGCCGUCGCCGCGUACGAGCGCGUGGCCGCCGACCAGGGCCUCGGCGCCGCCGCCGUCGGCGCCCUCCAGACCGUCGACAACGCCCCCGACGGCGGCCACUGCGAGUUCGACGGCGCCGGCUUCGUCUCCGGCGUCCAGCUCAUGGCCGACUCCUUCCCCGCCGUCCUCCUCCCGGGCGGCGACGGCCGCCUCGCCGGCACCGCCCUCAACGUCCUCAACCCCGUCGUCGGCAACGAGGACCUCGUCUUCUCCGGCGCCACGUAGGUGGCUAGACGGAGAGAGAGAGAGAAAGAGAGGAGAAGAAAAGAGAGAGAGAAGAGAGGGAAGAAAGGGGAGAGGGGGAGAGGGGAAAAGAAAGAUGAGGGAGCGUGGCUACGUCCGAAAUAGGGGCCGCGGAUGGCAGAAAGGAAAACCACCGUUCUACCACCACAUGCGCUAGAGAAGUGUAAUAAAAAAGAGUUCAUAUACUUCAGGCGAAUCUCACACAAUGUAAAAUGGACACAAACCCCGACCCGACGGUCCGAGAGGGGGGAUCACUUCAUGUGCUCGUCAAAGACCCGAAAAGGUAGGCAUAUUCGAG